AUGUCAGUCCUCAUCAACACACUGGCGAGGGUCUUCACUGGUUAUCUGUCGGAAUGCAAGGUUCCUAAGCAAUGGAAAACCAGCAAGACCGUGCUGCUGUAUAAGAAAGGAGAUCCACAAGGUAUCGGCAACUAUCGUCCAAUCUGCUUGUCUCUGUCUGUCAUCUACAAGCUCUUCAUAAGAGUAAUCUUAAACAGGAUAGAAAGAACAUUAGAGGAAGGACAGCCACGCGAGCAAGCAGGGUUUCGGAAAGAGUUCACUCCGAUUGACCACAUUCACACGGUUUCGAAACUCAUAGAAAUAUCGCGAGAGUACAAGAUGCUGCUGUAUCUCACUUUCAUCGAUUUGAAGAAAGCCUUUGGUACAGUUGAGACCGACGAGGUCAUGGAGGCCUUGGACAACUAA